CGGCUCGCCUGUCAAGUCAAAUUCUCCACAGGUACAGUCCAGCGCGAGACAUCUGAGCCACGUUGACAGCGUUGUAAAUUCAAGUACACUUGUGGCUGUUGGUUAGUCAGUCCGUCAAGUUUGAGAUUCUUCUGUUAUUUCAUAAGAUGAGUGUGGGUUUUAUAGGAGCAGGCCAGCUGGCCCAUGCUCUGGUGAGAGGCUUUACAGCUGCAGGCGUGAUUGCCACCCACAGAAUCACAGCCAGUUCUCCAGACACAGAUCUCCCCACUAUACAUCAACUACGGAAACUGGGUGUGAACCUCACUACAAGCAACAAAGAGACAGUGAGCAGAAGUGAUGUUCUCUUCCUGGCUGUGAAGCCCCACAUCAUUCCCUUUGUGCUUGAUGAGAUUGGACCAGAUAUUGAAGCCCGUCACCUUAUCGUGUCCUGUGCUGCAGGUGUCACCAUCAGCUCCAUAGAGAAGAAACUGCAGCAGUAUCGCACCGCUCCUAAGGUAAUGCGUUGCAUGACUAACACUCCAGUGGUGGUGCGUGAAGGAGCCACCGUCUACGCCACAGGCACCCAUGCGGAGGUGGAGGAUGGAAAGCUUCUUGAACAGCUGAUGGCCAGUGUCGGCUACUGCACUGAAGUGGAAGAGGACCUGAUUGAUGCUGUCACAGGCCUGAGUGGCAGUGGCCCUGCUUAUGCGUUCACAGCAGUAGAUGCUCUUGCUGAUGGUGGAGUAAAAAUGGGCCUGCCGAGGAGACUGGCGGUGCGCCUCGGAGCCCAAGCCCUCUUGGGGGCUGCUCGGAUGUUGCUAGACUCGGAGCAACACCCUGGGCAGCUCAAGGACAAUGUGUGCUCACCAGGUGGCGCCACCAUACACGCCCUACAUGUCAUGGAGAGUGGUGGCUUCCGCAGCCUUCUUAUCAAUGCUGUAGAAGCCUCUUGUGUUCGCACAAGGGAACUUCAGUUUUUGGCUGACCAGGAGAAGAUCUCUCCCGCUGCCAUAAAGAAGACAACUCUGGACAAAGUGCUACAGCAGCCAGGAGUCACUGCAGAAGCUGUUGGAGUCAGAUCUCAUGGGAUCAGUAUCUUCAACAGCAGAAACCCCAGGGACAAGAAGACCUGAUUGUUUUUUGUUUUGUUUUGUUUUGUUUAUCAGGUAGAGAAACUGACAACUUUAUGGUGAUUUGUCACAUCACUGAUGAUGCAGUAUAUAUUGUAAACAAACCACUACUGGUAGAUAGCCGACAAGUACAUAAGAUAAUACUGUCAAGCACCUCCUACAAAAUAAAAAAAUCACAAAAUUCUGAAUGAGAUUUGGGUAAAGGACAACAGUAUGAAAAAUUACUUUUUUUUUCCUUCACCAGGCAGUGCUCUGUAUUUGUAAUUCCCAUUUAAGGUAGUGUGUCGUCCUGGUCAUUUAGUAAACUUUGAAGUCCAUACCUGUUAUUAGUAUUCCUUUCCAAUUAUUUUUUCUGUUGCUGUUUUAUGAUGGGAGUUGCAUGCAAUGAAGCAGUAAGCCCAGCACAGACUUUUCACUGUUUUUCUGGAGGUGGCAUUACAGUCCACUUGUGUAAUGCAUGCCAAAAUUAUAUUUUAACAGUUUACUGAAAAUAUUUCUGAAAUUCUAUAAAUGCAACAUUUCAUGAUGCAAGGAUUUUUUUUGCAUAAUCUUUUAAUAUUAAAUGUAAAAAAAGAAAA